CUCUCUCCGUCUCCCAAGCCACCACCAACACGCUCGCGGGACUCUUAUUGCGCAUGGUGGGGUGAAAAAGGCAAAGAAGCGUAGCGGUUACAGCAGCAAUCUUUCUACUUCGACCUCCGUUUUCGCCAUGAGUGGCGAUCAGCCGCAGCCGGAUCCCGGAACCAAGGCUCUGCUGGGGAGCCUGGAAAGCGUAGUGAUGGACCUCAACGACAUGGAGAACAUGAUCGAAAACUUCGAGGAAUCUGCGGCGGAGUCGUUCUUUUCGAAAAUGAACGAGUACAUCACGAACCUCAAGAAGGUGGAGGAGAAGGCGCCAGGGUGCCAACUACAAGUGCCUCGCGAGGCCCUUGAGAGAAUCGAUGACGACGUUGACCAGAACCCGGAGAUUUUCGCGCAAGAGCUUCUCGCCAGCCAACCCUGCACGUUGUGUGCGGAUGGCGAGCAUCACACCAACGCUGUGUAUUUAGCAUUCAAGCUAUAUACCUGCCGUGACACCGGCACCGCAGGUGCAAAGACGAGUCCGGACAGCUGAGUGCGAGAGUCCUCGGCAUUAAAAAAGUGCGUCAAACCGUUAUGGAGGGCUGGAGUCCCGAAGGCAGCGGGCCUGUCAACGGUGCCACACCUUCCGCGGGUGGUGCUGCUGUUGGGCCAAACGGGGCGGCAGCUUUGGCACACGGUAGGGCAGGUUCAGCACAAACGGCAACAGCAGAAGGGGCUGAGGGAGGACGGGGCGGCGUCAUGCCGAAGGGGGUAGGUGGAAAGGGGGCGCCUGGUCACAGCAGCAGCAGCAGCAGCCGUGGUUAAGGGAGCGUCGAUGCUCUUUUGUGGCAGCCUUCUUUCUUGGUCGUUUCCAUCCCACAGGCUGUUUGUGCAGGAUGGUAAGGUGCUGAGAGGGAGCCAUGUGCGCAACGACGACAGCAGCAGUGAGUGAUGGAUGCCAUCACGGCCUUGUCAAGGUUUGGCUGGUCGUACACUCCUGGUUCGCCGAGCAAAAACCUACAUGGGGGAGGAGGGGUCCUUGAUCGAACUUCCUCACUCUUCGAGAAAAUUGAAAAUGAAACUGUAUGUACGGGGAAGGUAGUUGUGUCGUGCAGUGCGGGUGGGCGCUGUGGCUGAGCUUGACAAAUGUCCGAAGUGGCACAUGACCUAGGUUUCCUUUCAGACACAAGGGUAUCGGCGCCUAUCAAUGAUGGCCGCACCGAUACACGUCUUAUCGAAAAUGCUAGGGUGCGUCAGUUUUGUUUCCGAGCGACAUCCCGCAAGGAUUUCUCCUGUUUGUCGUGCUUAUUUUCACUUGGUCCCGAUGUCAGUGUCGCUUGCUGUACUUUUUGGGUGUUGAUGUCGUCCGCUUAUUGUUUCUGGUGUUUUUGUGUGUCACACACCGAGGUUGGGGGGGAGGGGUGGGCGUUGUGGGGGGCUCCGGUGUGGCGUACGUAUUUUUGGCGUAGUUUUCGGAUUGUUUUGUUGUGCCUGCUCCUCUAUGCUUGUGGUCUGUUGUAUUUUCUGUGUGGCGGUGGGCUAUGCCUUAGGUUUCGAGCUACAGGCUCGGUGUUUGGCAUUCGUAUGGCGAGUAGUAGACACCAGACUAGACCUCUCGUGAGAAGAGUGAGAGCGGCGGCGGCAUCAUCAUCAUCUGAUCUGCUGAUUGCACUUGCUGCUUGCAGGCAGGUUCAGAAGUAAUAAGCUGUUCUAGUCUGGGAUGAAACGUUUAUCUCCGUCCGAUCAUCUGACAAGGUCACAACAUGUUGUGCCAGACAGUUACUUUGGCAACAAGGCAGUGGACUUCCCUCCUCUCAGAUGUGGAACGGUGUACUGUUGUCCCCUCUUACGGAUCGGCUGUGCAUGCGAGCGUACACUUGGUCUUGGCUCCCAUCAAUUAAAUGUGUUCUCGAACAAUCAAUAAGGAAUGACUCGUCAUGUCCGGGCCUUUCUUGCCCAACAAGAUUU